AUGCCCGAAAAGGAUUUUGACAUAGCCAACCACGUGUAUAUGUAUGAUGGACUUCCCCUCAAAAACAAGAAAGACCUUGAAGAAUGUGUUGGAAAAUUAAGUCAGAGAGCAUUUAAGAAGAGACAGGCACAGUGGGAGGUUAUUGUCAUACCCCCAACGAAGGACGCAGGCGACACUUACUAUGCUCUAUUUCGCGCCCACCAUUCUAUUGCUGACGGCAUUUCCUUCGUGAGAGCGUUCCUGCAAAACCUUGUGGACAAUCCGCUCGAAGAAGAAGAAACAAAACGGUACGCUUCGACUGUGUCUAAAACCUGGUUUACGAUCGCGGCCAUUUUUUUCGGACCGAAAUUAGCGCUCCAGCGACUGGCGGCGGUUGGCGAUCACAGUUGUCUGCACGGGCGGGAAAUGUCCGGCGUGAAGCUGGUCACUUGGUCUGAUCCCAUCAGCCUAGCGUUAGUGAAAAAGAUCAAAAAUGCCACAAAAACAACAGUCAACGACGUCCUUAUGUCUUGCAUGGCGGGCGCUUUCACUGACUACUUUGCCUCUCGCAAUGAAAUCCCACCGACACAUUUGUUGACUACAAUCCCCGUUGCCUUACAAGCAGCGUCGGAGGAAAUCAGUCUCGAAAACCGUUUUUCCCUAGUUUUCCUACGUCUUCCUACCUCCAUCUCAGAUGACAUAGAGCGUCUCCGAGUUACCAAACAGCGCAUGGACGCAAUCAAACGCACGCCAGAGCCCCUUGUGAAUGAGUUUCUGAUACGUUACAGCAUGAGCCGUUUACCGGGCAGCCUCACGCGGCGGCUGUUUGACGGACUUGGAAGGAAAUCUUCGAUGAUUUUAUCCAACGUUCCUGGUCCUCAGCAUCACAUACAGAUAGCUGGAAGUGAGGUCACCAUGAUGACAUUUUGGCCACCACAAAGAGCUAAUGUUGGCAUCGGUAUCUCCAUCUUUAGUUAUGCCGGUGACGUCAUAGUUGGCGUGGAAGUGGACCAGGUUAUCAUGUCGGAACCACGAGAACUUACGAGAUUUUUUAAAAGCCGUCUGCAGUCACUUGCCAGACAAACCAAAGUUGAAUAAAGGAAAAAUGAAAAAGAAAGACAGGUUUGCUAAAAUAUAAAAUUUUUUUAAAAACAUGCAUGCAUGAUGUAGCCUGUAGGCACUGAACUGGUGGAACUAAUACACGUAGGCCUACUUUGUUAAGGGGGGAUAGGGGGCACAGAGAAUUUUUAAAAAGUUGCUUCGUUAAUGAAAAGAAUGUAGACCUGGAAAUUUUUACUGUGGGAUUAAGUAUAGAGCACUAUGUGCCCCCCCCCCCG